UAGUUGUUGUUGUUUAGGUAGUUUCUUAAGCUCGAGGUUUGUGCGUCUUGUAAAUAAUUAAUAAGAGAAAGUAAAAUGCACAGCAUUGGAUGGACGCUGAUUGUAAAACGUGGCUGCUUUUGCAGCAAAGAAAAGCUUAACAUCAAUGGCUCCCGCUACACAAUACGCGAACGCCUGGCACAAGGGGGCUUCAGUUUGAUUGACCUUGCGGUGAAUGCGGCAACGCGGCGCAGCUAUGCGAUAAAGCGUAUAACUUGCCACAGCAUCGAGGAUCAGAAUAUCGCCCUGCGUGAAAUCGAGAAUUGUCGUAAAAUCGAUUCGGAGCAUGUCAUACGCGUCGUUGACUACGAGCUGCAAGGCCAGGCGGACAUUGUGAUAAACACGACGAGCACCUUGUUCAUUGUGUUGCCCUACUACAAGCAUGGCUCGCUGUCGGAUCACUUGCAGCUGCGCGCACGGAAACAGGAUCAUAUGCCCGAGGCACAGAUAUUGCAAAUCUUUUUGGGCGUUUGCGAAGGUCUCCGGGCCAUACAUGAGGCAAAGCCAGUGCCGCUGGCGCACCGUGAUUUGAAAACUGCCAACAUAUGCUUAUCAGACUCUUUUGAGCCCAUCAUUGUGGACCUCGGCUCCAUGACAGAAGCGCGCCUGCAAAUUUGCGGUCAAUCAGAUGCGCAACGGCUGCAAGACGAGGCUGAGGAGCGCAGCUCAAUUGUUUAUCGAGCACCCGAGCUUUUUACCGUGAAAACGUAUUGCACCAUCGACGAACGCACGGAUAUUUGGAGUCUCGGCUGCGUGCUGUAUGCCAUGUGCUACUUUAACAGCCCAUUCGAUCCCAUCUAUGAGCGUGGCGAUAGCGUUGCCUUGGCCGUGCUCAGCGGCAAUGUAAACAUUCCUGAGGAUUCCAUUUAUACAGAGGACAUGCAUGAACUGAUUAAGUACAUGCUGCGCAUCGAUCCAAUGGAGCGACCAUUUAUCUACAGCGUCAUCGAGCAGACGCACGAUCUUAUACAGAAAUUAGAAGGACGCGUGUAGCCGCAUUCCAAUUAUAC